AUGGAAAUGUCUGAAUUUGAUCGACCACUAUAUGUGUCCAGAAUUGCCGAUGAAUUGCCUGAAUAUCGCAAACAUUUUCAAUCGAUUAUCAGUGAAAUACUUGAUUCAAUGGUUGGCAACGACAAUGAUAUCAGUGAAUUGAGGCCACGAUUGGAUCAAUUGUUUGACUAUUUCUAUGUUCAACAUCCGAGACUCAAAUACGGUAUACGAUUUAUACUAAGCUAUCGUAUACUAACCGAUAAACAACAUAGCGGUCAACAACAACAACAACAACUAGAGUCCGGUGCCGGCAAUGAUGGUAAUACUCAACAGUCAAUAGUAGUCAGCAAUGAAUCGGUAUAUGCAUUGGCAGUGGCCGUUGAAUUAAUAACAAUGAGUUUGAUUUUAUUGGAUGAUAUUAUGGAUAAAGCAACACUUAGAUAUGGUAUACCCAGUUGGUAUACAUUGCCAUCAGUAGGAAUGUCGGCACUAAACGAUAGCACAGUUAUGUUGACGAUGUCCGAUAAAAUUGUUAACCAAUAUUACCAUGGUCAUCCUAAUUAUAUUCAAAUUGUUCAAUGCAUUCAAGAGUUUAUUGAAAAAAUAUCAAUGGGUCAGUCAUUGGAUAUGAUGUACAGUCUAUCGACAAAACAAAACAAAAAUCUAAAAUUAACUGAUUUCAACAUGGCUAUAUUUGAUAAACUAAACAAGUACAAAAACGCAUUUUCAGUCUAUGUCUAUCAAUUUAAACUAGCAAUUAUUUUGGCCGACAAACAACAAUAUGAUAAUAAAUUUGUUGAAACUAUUGAAAACUUUUUGAUAGAUAUGGGUAUAUUAUCGGGUGCUUUGAACGACUAUCAAGAUUACUAUGAACAGGGCAUAGAUAUCCAGGAGGGUAAAUGUACCUGGCUCAUUUGUCGGUCAAUGCAAUUGGCCGACAAUAGACAACUGGCCCAACUGGUGGACAACUAUGGACACGAAAAUGCCGAUCGGGUUCAACAAAUUUGUCGGAUAUUCGAUGAGUUGGAUAUGAAAUCGGAAGUUAGAAAAUUUGCGGACAAUAUGUUCAAUAAGUAUCAACAGUUGGCGGCCAAUGAUUACGGCAAUGAUUUACUGGUCAAACAAAUUGUCGACAAUAUUUCAUACGAAGUCAGAUAUUAUGCUAAAAUUUGUCACAUUUAUGAAUAG